CUCCAACGAGACCCUCUCCUGCGUGAUCAUCUUCGUGAUUGUCUACUAUUCCCUGAUGUCCGGGGUGAUCUGGUUCGUCAUGCUGACAUACGCCUGGCACACCUCCUUUAAGGCGCUGGGCACCACCUACCAGCCGCUGGCGGGCAAGACGUCCUACUUCCACCUGGUGACUUGGUCCAUCCCCUUCGUCCUCACAGUGGCCAUCUUGGCGGUGGCACAGGUGGACGGAGACUCCGUGAGCGGCAUCUGUUUCGUGGGGUACAAAAACUACCACUAUCGCGCAGGAUUCGUCCUGGCCCCCAUCGGCCUGGUGUUAAUUAUCGGGGGCUCGUUCCUGAUCAGAGGUGAGUUUGUCUCUCCCCUCUGGAGUUCUUCGCCCUUCGCUUUUUUCUUCGCUCAAAGAUUAAUUUAUGGAUGGAU